UAAUUUACGUUCUACUGCUUGCAAGGCAGGCAGCGCUUGGUUGAAGCUGAAAACUUCAUCGGAAAUGAGGCGGGGAAUUAUAACUGUGAUUACAGACGCGUGGCACUAUACUGCCACCAGCGUAUAUCACUCACGUUUGCGCUUCGCGACAGCUUAGUUGAUCCUGGGCCUGAGCCAGCGCCACACUUAAUAAAAGCCCAGCCGAGUAGGCACAAAUAUUGCAUCAUUGAUCCCUUUCCUAUCUGUGUACUAGGAUGUCUGGUCAAGCAGGAAGCAAUGAUACUCGCCAGAGAGCUGCCCUCGAGGAGUAUGAGCAAUCUGGUGAGGGCAGGCCCCCUUUCAUUCUAACAUAUGCCGAGGUGAAACUACUGGGUAUCGCUGGGGUUGGCUUUUUCUUGGAUGCUUAUGACUUGUUCAUCAUCAAUCCCGUAUCUACUAUGUUGCAAUACAGGCUUUACCCGGGCGGGACCAUGCCCGCCAAUCUGCAAGGAUUAUUGAAAGCUUCUGCCAACAUCGGAAGUGUGAUCGGCCAGUUUCUGUUUGGAUACUGUGCUGAUGCUUUCGGGAGAAAGGCUAUCUAUGGAAAAGAGCUUAUGCUCAUCAUCAUUGCAACUAUCCUCUGCAUUUCUACACCCACAGGCUCGCUCUCCCCCAACGGAUGCCUUAUUUACUUGACGAUAUUUCGUAUCUUACUUGGCGUGGGUGUCGGUGGCGAUUACCCCAUGUCGGCCUCCGUGACAAGCGACCGUGCCACAAUCCGUAAGCGUGGAACCAUGCUCGCAUACAUCUUCGCGAAUCAAGGAUGGGGUAGCUUCGUGGGGUCGCUGGUGACUAUUAUCGUUCUGGCAUGCUACAAGCAUGUCAUGAAUGAUGAAAAUGAGACAUCCAAGGUCGACGGAGUGUGGAGGAUCGUCAUUGGAUUGUCGCUCAUUCCGGCCUUCGGCACACUCUACCAGCGUUUGACCCUCCCAGAGUCCACGCGUUACAAGAAGUCGCAGGAGGCAGACGUGGUUGAACAGUAUGAUUUGGAGAAGGACAAGAUGGGGGUCAAAGCUAGUGUUCAUACUGAAUCCGACUUGAACGUAGAUAGGGGAGCUCCCGUACCAAAGAAGACUCACGUCCUAGAGGUCAUCAAGUACUUCUCCGAAUGGAGACACCUGAAGAUACUCAUCGGAACUUGUUCAUGCUGGUUUCUACUAGACGUCGCUUUCUAUGGGAUCAAUCUGAACACAAACGUGGUGCUUUCUGAAAUAGGUUACGCCGGCAAAACAGGCACGCCCUGGGAGAAGCUCUUCAAGGUCGCUACGGGAAACAUCAUCAUCACCGCACUAGGAUUUGUGCCAGGCUACUACGUGACUGUGCUCACCAUCGAGAAGCUCGGCCGCAAGACCAUCCAGGUAAUGGGAUUCCUGAUGGAAGCUCUCUUCUUGGGCAUCUUGGCUGGGAAAUUCUAUAGCUUGAGCACUGCAGCGUUCAUAAUAAAUUUUACGUUGCUCCAGUUCUUUUUCAACUUUGGAGCCAAUGCCACCACCUAUUGUUAUCCUGCCGAGGUGUUCCCCACCCGAUACCGAGCGUUUGCACACGGCAUGUCCGCGGCUUGCGGGAAAACAGGAGCAAUCAUAUCCGCUCUCGUGUUCAACUCCCUCACAGACAAUAUCGGUACACCUGCUGUGCUUUGGAUUUUCUUCGGCUGUUCAAUUCUUGGUGCCGCUUGUACUUUCCUUUUGCCCGAGGUCGCUGGUCGUGACCCAGAUGCGAUCCUCGAAGAGGAGCUGAGGGAGCAGCAGUAAUCUCUGAUAUUGUCAACACCAUGUACUUCACAUUUAUUGUCCUGGUUUGUUCUUUUAAGAGUCGUCGCUCACGCUAUCCAAUAUUUAAGGGUAGCACUUCUCUCCUUAUCUAUCGAGUACUACAAUAAAUCAGACAAACGUCGGCGAUGUUUGCCUGCUUCCUCGUCUACUAGCUAUUUGCGAAAAAAGUUACAACAGCCAGUAUCUAAUACAGUCGGUACAUACAGUAUUGUAGCGCAACAGAGCUGCUAGUAGAACUUCAUGAAAAUAUGUCCAUCAGGGUUUCUCGACUAUCUGAAACAUGUCGCAUAUG